GAAGUAAAGCCGGCCCCUCCUCAGGAACUGGAACCGAGCUCCUCCCCUCUCGCUGGGUGCCUCCUGUCUUCGACUUCCCUCGGGAAUCCCUUCCUAAGUUCACCCGGUUCGGUCUGUUUUCUUUUUGUCUUCUUUGCGUUCUUGUGUACGUGUAGGCGUGCUCUCUGUAGCCUCUGAGUGCCUGUUUGUAACAAUUCUUCCACUUGAGACCCUUUCUUUUGCUCUCCAUCCCCUCUAACCCGACGGAUCUCUGAUCCUAGAGAAUGUCUAACGCGCUUUGACUGGCCUUGUUCCCUGGUUAUGGCAAGCUUUUCUACCUACCCACCACCAAAUCUAUUGACUGAUGAGCCUCUCCCGCCAAGGACGGUAACACAGGAGCUGUCCUCUGAGACUCUGGAUGACUUUAUUCUUCACAUGGCUUUAGCAUCCCAAUAGCUCCAAGGCAUCCAGAGUCUGGGCUAGAGCCCUCCCCAAAGGAGCUGGAAGUAGCUGAGUCCCAGGCAGACACCCCCCUCAAAUGGGGUGGUCUGGACCUGUGACAGCCCCUGCAGUGAAGUCAGUACAGACUGCGGACCCUCCAUUCCCCAUAUCCAGGAAAAUGUGAUGAGCUACAGGUUUCAGCUUCUAGAUCACCACUUAACGUUCUAGCUACAAGUGGAAAAUCCAAGGGCAGCAAGGUCCAUCAGAAAGAUGUCUGAAGAAAUGGCAGACCAAAGAGAAGAAGGAGAAGCUGGGGAAAAAGAGGCAUGCAGAGACCAGAUCAAAGAAUCCGACAAAGAAGAGGAACCACCAGCUGCUUCGUCCCAUGGCCAGGAGUGGCGUCCAGGUGGCAAAGCACCUAGGAACCCAAAGGCUGAACCCGGGGCCAGACCCCCUGCACUCCCCGUCAUGGUCAAUGACCCACCAGUACCUGCCCUACUGUGGGCCCAGGAGAUGGGCCACGUCGUGGCGGGCCGUGCUCGCAAGCUGCUACUGCAGUUUGGAGUGUUCUUCUGUACCAUCCUCCUCCUGCUCUGGGUGUCUGUCUUCCUCUAUGGCUCCUUCUACUAUUCCUAUAUGCCGACAGUCAGCCACCUCAGCCCCGUGCAUUUCCACUACAGGACGGACUGCGAAUCCUCCACCUCCUUACUCUGCUCCUUCCCUGUUGCCAAUGUCACACUGGCUAAGGGUGGACGUGAUCGGGUACUGAUGUAUGGACAGCCUUACCGCGUUACUUUAGAGCUUGAGCUGCCAGAGUCUCCUGUGAAUCAAGAUUUGGGCAUGUUCUUGGUCACCAUCUCGUGCUACACCAGAGGCGGCCGAAUCAUCUCCACCUCUUCACGCUCCGUGAUGCUGCAUUACCGCUCAAGCCUGCUCCAGAUGCUCGACACACUGGUCUUCUCGAGCCUCCUGCUGUUUGGCUUUGCGGAGCAGAAGCAGCUCUUGGAGGUGGAGCUAUACCCAGAAUACAGAGAGAACUCGUAUGUGCCAACCACCGGAGCCAUUAUCGAGAUCCACAGCAAGCGCAUCCAGAUGUACGGAGCCUACCUCCGCAUCCACGCCCACUUCACUGGGCUCAGGUACCUGCUGUACAACUUCCCGAUGACCUGCGCCUUCGUUGGUGUCGCCAGCAACUUCACCUUCCUCAGCGUCAUUGUGCUCUUCAGCUACAUGCAGUGGGUGUGGGGGGGCAUCUGGCCCCGACAGCGCCUCUCUUUGCAGGUAAACAUCCGAAACCGAAAACGUUCCCGCAAGGAAGUCCAGCGAAAGAUCUCUGCCCAUCAGCCAGGAGGCACAGGGCCCCAAGGCCAGGAGGAGUCCCCCCAGCUGUCACCCGUUACAGAGGACGGUGAGAGCCAUGCGGAUCCCCCUAGGACAGAAGGCCAGCUGUCCGAGGAGGAGAAAACAGAUCAACAGCCCCUGAGUGGCGAGGAGGAGCUGGAGCCCGAGGCCAGUGAUGGUUCAGGCUCCUGGGAAGAUGCAGCUCUGCUGACGGAGGCCAAUCUGGCUGCCUCUGGCUCUGCCCCUGCCCCAGAGACCGUGGGCAGCUCGGAGCCCUCUGCGGGCUCUGUCCGACAGCGCCCCAUCUGCUCCAGCUCCUGAAGCGAGUAGGGCCGAGUCCCCACAUUCUGGCCCUUUCCCACCUGCUCCCUUUCUCUCUCUGGGGCUCCCCCAAUAAUAAACUAUUUUCGUGCCAGCUGCC